UUCGGGACACGAGUUUCCCCGGGGAAGAGGCGCGGCCCGAGCCCGGCGAGUGCGGGCAGGGCCGGCCGGCGGACCUCAGCGGACCCCCGCGCCGCGCUGCGACCUUGGCCGCGCGGGAGGGCCCGGCGCUUGCGGGGCAGCCACCGCCCGCCAGAGGGGGCAGCGGCGACCAACUUGCUCAACUUGGCGGCUCGGCGCCUCCUCCUCCUCCUCCCCAGCCUCCUCCCCCGGCCCUCCUCCCAUCCGCCGCCGCCGCCGCCGCCGGCCCGGGGCGCGCCCAGCCCUUCCCCGCAGCCCCGCGCAGCGCCCAGUCGAACCGCACGCAGAGUCGCCGGACGGGACAGGACGGGCCGGGUCGGGCGCGUCCCCCGGGCCCCGCCGCCGGCAUGGGCGCGCUGGCCCGGGCGCUGCUGCUGCCGCUGCUGGCCCAGUGGCUGCUGCGCGCCGCCCCGGCGCUGGCCGCGGCGCCGUUCACCCUGCCCCUCCGCGUGGCCGCAGCCACCGGCCGCGGGGUUGCGCCUACCCCCGGGCCCGGGCCCCCCGCCGUGCCCCGCGCCGACGGCCUCGCCUUCGCCCUGGAGCCGGCCGGGGGCGCGGCCAACUUCUUGGCCAUGGUGGACAACCUGCAGGGGGACUCUGGCCGCGGCUACUACCUGGAGGUGCUGAUCGGGACCCCCCCGCAGAAGCUGCAGAUUCUCGUUGACACCGGGAGCAGCAACUUCGCCGUGGCCGGCGCCCCGCAUCCUUACAUAGACUCCUACUUCGACACCCAGAGGUCCAGCACUUACCGUCCCAAGGGCUUUGAUGUCACCGUGAAGUACACGCAAGGCAGCUGGACGGGCUCCGUGGGGGAGGACCUGGUCACCAUCACAAAGGGCUUCAACACUUCCUUCCUCGUCAACGUCGCCACCAUCUUCGCGUCGGAGAGUUUCUUCCUGCCUGGGAUUCAGUGGAACGGGAUCCUUGGGCUCGCCUACGCGGCCCUGGCCAAGCCAUCGAGUUCUCUGGAGACGUUCUUCGAUUCCCUCGUGACGCAAGCCGGGAUCCCCAACGUCUUCUCCAUGCAGAUGUGUGGGGCGGGGUUGCCGGUGGCCGGAUCUGGUACCAACGGAGGUAGUCUUGUCCUGGGAGGGAUUGAACCAAGUUUGUACAAAGGAGACAUCUGGUAUACCCCGAUUAAGGAGGAGUGGUAUUAUCAGAUCGAAAUUCUGAAAUUGGAAGUCGGAGGCCAGAGCCUUAAUCUGGACUGCAGAGAGUAUAACGCGGACAAGGCCAUCGUGGACAGCGGCACCACUCUGCUGCGCCUGCCCCUGAAGGUGUUUGAUGCGGUGGUCGACGGCGUGGCCCGCGCGUCUCUGAUUCCAGAAUUCUCGGAUGGUUUCUGGACUGGAUCCCAGCUGGCAUGCUGGGCGAAUUCCGAAACACCUUGGUCUUACUUCCCGAAAAUCUCCAUCUACCUGAGAGACGAGAACUCCAGCAGAUCCUUCCGCAUCACUAUCCUGCCUCAGCUUUACAUUCAGCCCAUGAUGAGGGCUGGCCUGAAUUAUGAGUGCUACCGAUUUGGCAUUUCACCGUCCACGAACGCGCUGGUGAUUGGUGCUACCGUGAUGGAGGGCUUCUACGUGAUCUUCGACAGAGCUCGGAAGAGGGUGGGCUUCGCGGCAAGCCCCUGUGCAGAAAUUGCAGGUACCCCGGUGUCUGAAAUUUCUGGGCCUUUCUCAACAGACGACAUAGCCAGCAACUGUGUCCCCACCCUGCCUUUGAACGAGCCCAUUUUGUGGAUCGUCUCCUACACGCUCAUGAGUGUGUGUGGAAUCAUCCUUCUUACCUUAAUCAUCCUGCUGCUCCUCCCGUACCGGUGUCGGCACGCGCCCCGGGACCCCGAGGCUGUCAACGAUGAGUCCUCCCUGGUCCGGCAUCGCUGGAAAUGAAGAGCAAAGCCUGAACUCCAGCAGCCUUGAACGCAGCUACUAAGAGAAUUAAGUCCCAGGUGCAGCAGGCAGGGGGCGCCAGGCCAGGGUGCUCCCCAUGUCCAUUCCUCUUAAAUCUCUCUUCUGCUCCCAGAUGCCUUCCAGAUUCACUGUAUUUUGAUUCUUUUGAUUUCUUCGCGUCCUUCUUCCGAGGAAAAUGAUAAUAAAAAACCACCUCAUUCUAAACCAAAACAGAGUGAACUGGGCUUCAGACUCUAUGUGACUGGCAUACCACACCGUCUUGAUGUGCCUCGAAAUAAAAGCAAGCCGUGGCUAGCGCGCCUCGCUCCGCUCCCAUCUCUGCAGAAGGGAGUGCAUAUAGUCUCUCUCUUUCCUCAGCUCCCAGAAGCUUUUCAUCCAUUGCACUUAAGGGAGUUCUGCACCGGGCGUCCACCAGGGCCCGAGGGGUCCAAGAAGGCUCCCGAUACGAUGGCAGCCUGGGGCCUGAUGAUAGAACCGUCUGCCCUUCUGAGUCGGAGACAGCAGCAGUUUUCUGGGCCUUUCUGGGCCCUGAAUGGAGAUCGGCACCCAGGGGUCCUCACCACCCUCUCUGCAGAUGGAAGGCCUUUGCCCAUCGCGAUGGAGUGAGGAGGAAGCCUGCUUUUUGUACUCAAUGCCUCCAUAGUAUUGUUGGCGUGGAGGUAAAAGACAAACGCUACCUCCACCGUGACUCUGCCCGGGGUCCUAGCCCAGGUGGGGGUGCAGGAGGCUGGCUCCGAACCGCACACGCAUCGGGAGCUCCCGCCACCACGCUGGGCUUUGUCUCCUAUGCUCAUCUUAAAGCCAGUAAGCGGCGUUUCAGUGACAGAAACAAAGUCUAUGUCACUGGCUUAGUGGUUCCUUUUCCCAAAUCUUCUACGAAGGUAGGUUGAUGGUGACCCUUGAGAGAAGCAGGAAGCGGCUAAAUGCCUGCACUUCUGACCGGCUCUCGGGGGAAGGAGGACGCAAGACAUGCCAAGGACUUGGAGGGACCUUGUAGCUAUUCCUGUGCUUUGAAACCACGCGUCUCCAUGUGCAGAACCCCUUGGACUCAAGCACACCCGCCUGCAUCCGCUUAAACCAACCGGUUGAGCGGGUGACCCACAUGCCUCUUCCCUGGGGCGCGUUCCGUCUUUGGCGCCCCGUUGGGGUGCAGGGGUAUCUUUAUCUGGGGAAAUCCCCUCUUGCUAUCAUUUGAGGCCUUUGCCAAAGAAAAGCAAAAACCUGUAACUCGAUAUAAUCAGCCUUAUAUGAUCUGAUGUACCUGGGAGAAGGGCUCCAAGCCAGCGUCCCUUCUCCCUUGUCUGUGUGCCAAGUUCAAUGUUCACUCUGCGUUGCCAUUGCGGUGAGUUGGAUGUGUAAUAAAAUCCCACUGGAAGGGCUAACGGUG